GAGGGCGGGGCCCCGAGGCAGCUAGACCCCGGGCGCAGCCUGGGGAGUGAACAGCCCCGGGCGCUCUGGGGCGCACAAAGCGCAGGCGCAGCGGGUUGGGAGGCCGCAGCACCAAGUAGCGGCCGUUUUGGCAGCAGCGUCGCAACAGGUGUAGACAGGUUCCGCCUGACUCUGCCCUGGAAAGUCCUUUUGAGGAAAUGGCCCUGGUGAGGGGCGGCUGGCUGUGGAGACAGAGCUCCAUCCUCCGCCGCUGGAAGCGGAAUUGGUUUGCCCUGUGGCUGGAUGGAACCCUGGGCUACUACCAAGAUGAGACUGCGCAGGAUGAGGAGGACCGCGUGCUCAUCCGCUUCAACGUCCGAGACAUAAAGAUAGGCCAAGAGUGCCACGAUGUGCAGCCCCCAGAGGGCAGAAGCCGAGAUGGCCUGCUGAUCGUGAACCUACGAGAGGGUGGCCGCCUGUACCUGUGUGCAGAGACCCAGGAUGAUGCCAUAGCAUGGAAGACGGCACUGCUGGAGGCGAACUCCACCCCGGCCCCAGCUGGAGCCACCGUCCCUCCCAGGAGCCGCCGGGUUUGCCCCAAGGUCAGGUGUGUGACCUGCUCGUGGAGCCCCUGUAAUGUUGAGAGGCGGAUCUGGGUGCGCAUCUACAGCCCAUACCAGAACUACUAUGGGGUGGUGCCCCCCAACGGUCACGAGGCCACAUAUGUCCGCAGCUACUAUGGACCGACCUAUGGCCCCGGCGUGACGCACGUAGUGGUCCGGGAGGAUCCUUGCUACAGCGCGGGCGCCCCCCUGGCCAUGAGCAUGCUUGCGGGAGCCGCCACAGGUGCAGCACUCGGCUCGCUCAUGUGGUCGCCCUGCUGGUUCUGAGCCCUGGACCCUGCGCGUAGACCAGAAAGACCCCUUUCCUGCUUGGUCCCACCCUCCACCAUCCAAACCCUGUCCCACUUGGCCCCUUAGUUUCCAUUAGCCCCUUCUGGGCUCGGAUCGUUCCUCCCACUCCCCACCCUCACCCUGCACAUCAGAAGAAGCUAUCAUCCCAGGCACAAACAUAGCUCAAAUUUCUUUUAUCUACUGCUAGACAUCCCAGAAAUCCGUUAUAGACACAUAUGUUUCCCCCAAACACGCCAGGACACAGAAAAUGCAACUCAUGGGUCUUCAAGUUGCCCAGGCACUGGAGACACAGGAAUCAGGUUCUUUCCCCUGGCAACUCCAAGCUUGGUGCGGCAGACUGGAGUAAACAAACACUUUACAAGGUGGAGUUAUCAGUCUUUUGACAGUAUGACGGCAAAAAGUGAGGAAGGUAGGCUAGGAGUAAAGUUGUUGGCAAGAGUGCAGAGCCGUGAACAUAACGGCACAUCCAAAGAAUUGAAUGGGAGUUCAUUUGGGCUGGGGUGUGGGCAGGGGUCAGAUCAUGAUGGCCCUUCAGGCUAAGGAGGUUGCUGGCUAAGGGGGAGGUGUGAGCUUUUUGGAGGGAAGUUUCAUGAUUGCACCAUAAUGAAUAUAUUGCCUGUUUUAAUUCCCAAACCCAAAACACUCCCUGAGUUUAGCCUCAUCCUUCCCAGCUACCAAAUUUCUGGAUCCUUUGUUCCUUCAGUGUUCAGAAAGCACCUGUUUUCCAUGUCAAGGUGCCUGGGGCAGCAAUUGAGCUGAACCUGGGGUCCUCUUCCUGGGGGGCAGGUGAGCUCUCUUUGUGACUCGCCCUAGGCUGGUGCCUCCAUCAAGAAAUGCAUUUCUGUUCCCCAAAAGCUUGGCCCCCUAUCCAUAGCUGUAGCUAUCAGCAUCUCAGGCUUUGUCUCUUCCUUCACUCUUGGGGAGAUGGCAGUGUUCACCUCUGGGACCUGGUCCACCUUUGUCUCAGUCCUGAAGGCCCCACAUGUGCCUCCCUGCAGGUGGCCCAGCAGUCUCCCCAUUUGGUCCCCUUCUAGUCUCCUCUCCCAUCCUGUCCCAAUCACUAGUAGAAAUGCUAACAUCCCUGCCCAGUAGCCAGAGUAGCCUGCUAAAGUUCCCUUGUAGAUAGGGGCUCCAGUUGCCCUAUUGCAGAGACUAAUAAAGGUGUGGUUGGCUCUA